AUGUCAAGUCCAGCGCCGACAAAACCGUCAAAAGUCAGGCAAGCAUGCGACGUCUGCCAUAAACGGAAGAUUCGCUGCGAUGGCUGUCGGCCGUGUCACAAUUGUCAAAGCCUGGAUAUAAGCUGUACUUAUUUGGCGAUACCUAAAAAGACGGGACCUAAAGGACCGCGAUAUGCACGGAGGUCCAAGCAGCGGCCGGGACCAACUACAUUUUCAUCCACCAGCCCUGAGGUUAACAUCCCCAGCAUCAAUUCAAACAACACGGCAUCUCCACCAUGUCCGAAGCAGUUCAUAGAGUCGCCUCAAAUGACUGACGCAGUUAUUCGAUGGUGUCUCGACGCGUACUUCAAGCAUAAAUACCCACUUACCCCAAUUCUGCAUCGCCCUCACCUCGAACAAACACCAGGAUCAACAGAGCAAUACGGAUUAAUCACGGCAUGUUGUGCCGUAAUCGCACUGUCGCCAGAAAUACUGCCGCCUUGCCCCGUCGAGGAAAAUUUCACGAUUCCGUCUGCCGAUUUCUUAAUAGCGGAAACUCUUCGCGCAAGGGAGUUUUGUAAUCUGAUCGAACAUCCGUCAUUAAUGCAUAUACAAACGUCUUUCUUUCUUCACGCUGCGUUCUUCUCAAUGAAUAAGGAUAAUUCGGCUUGGUAUUAUCUGCAGGAAGCUAUAACGAUACUUCAGGCGUUACGUUUGCAUGAGGAGACCACCUACACUGAUGAUGAUGCAAGCGACCCUGUCUUUGUGAAGUACGGUCAGAGGAUGUUUUGGGUCUUGUUCAUCACCGAGAGAGCAUAUGCAUUGCAAAGGAAUCGACCAAUCAGAUUGCAAGAUACAUUGAAGCUUCCAGACGUUGAUCCAAUGUCAUCCGACGCUGAGAUCCUGUGCGGGUUCCUUGAUCUUAUUUCACUUUUCCGCCCAUUUGGUCAAGACUUCAUCUCACAAUGGAACAGCCCAUCAUCAUCCAUUUCGACAGAUUUCGCAGACCUGUUCCGAUUGCAAUACCUUCUCAAGAAUUCACUUCCGAAUCUUUCAAAUCACUCUCAAGUGCAACAAGCAGACCUUCUCAUAUCGCGUCAAUGGCUCAAGAUCGUCGUCUGGAAAUUGUGCGCUUCAAAAAGAGUCCUGUCAACUGCCAACAGUGAUAAUGUCAUGUCGUUGCACUACCCAGCCAGUAUCGCACGAGACAUCGUGACGGUGUCACAAUUAGUGUCGACGCAGGCUUUUGAAGCAAAUGGGAUCGGAAUCGUUGAGAAGGUCUUCGACGUUGGCUGCUCGCUGGCAGAUUUACUAUCAUUGGUGCCGCUGGAAUACAAGGGCUCGACUAUGGAUGUCGGGGUGAUCGAUACUCUGAUGGAGACGGUGAAAAUUGUCGGGACGAGAUUUGGAGGUAGCUAUCGGCACUUGGAUAUCUUGGUUGAUAAGGCGAGUGGAUGUCUUGUUAUGAAUGUUAAUCGAAGUCUUCCUCCACCAGACCACGAUGACUCGGAUAACAUCGAGGAGAUGUGA